AUGGGCAACGCGCGCAGCGGGGCUCUGUCGCGGGAGCUGCUGGAGGAGCUCAAGGCCAACACGCGCUACUCGGAGGAGGAGCUGUGCCGCUGGUACGAGAGCUUCCAGCGCCAGUGCCCAGACGGGCGCAUCUCCCGCGGCGACUUCGAGCGCAUCUACGGCACCUUCUUCCCCACGUCGGAGGCGCAGGGCUACGCGCGCCACGUCUUCCGCAGCUUCGACACCAACUCCGACGGGACCCUGGACUUCCGGGAGUACAUCAUCGCGCUGCACCUCACCUCCUCGGGCAAGACCCACCUCAAGCUCGA